AUGAAAGGCUACCUAGAAAACGUUGCCAUCAUCGGUGCAGGCCUUGGGGGCUGUGCACUCGCCCUAGCACUUUCCGAAAAGGAUGUUCCAGUCACGAUCUUCGAGUCCCGACCAGAGAUCUCCGGCGUCAUUCCGUCAGGGGUCAUCCUCACGCCAAAUGGUCUCCGGGUGUUGGACUACCUUGGAGUACUGCCUCGCAUCAAAGAUCGCUGUUACAUAAGCGCUUAUCGUGUCUUUAAGAAUGACAAUGAUGAGACGACAAAGAAAGUACGAAUUGGUGGACCAGAGGUUUACGGUUAUGACAAUCACCGCAUUUGGAGAGGUCUGCUGCUAGACGAGAUGCGGAAAAUGCUGGCAGAGCGGUCCGUCAACAUUGUGUUCAAUUCAAAGUUUCAGGGCGUUGUAUCUGAUACUGCAGACGGCGUUUCGUUCCUGGUUGAUGAGAGUGUCCACCACGCUUCUCUCCUUGUAGGUCUGGACGGGAUAUACUCCAGCGUCAGAAACUACCUUGCCCCUGAAAUUCGCCCAGAGUACACUGGGCUUGUGGGCAUUCUCAGCCAUAUCAAGCAUUCUUCCGUGGAUUGGCCCUGUCAAGAUUACGAGAAGAAUGCUACUAUACAAAGUAAACCAGGCGCGCUAUUCUGGAUAGCAGAAGACCCCACAGAGGAUCCCGUCCUCAUGAUAGGAAAGCAAAUUCACUACCCCGAGCAGUCGAGAUCAGAUUUGGAAAGCCUUCAGUCAGAUCGUGAGAAGCUCAAGAUGUUCUAUAAGCAAGACUAUGAUGAAUACGGCCCGACAGCGAGAAAGAUCAUCGAUAGCGUGUGCGCCUCUCCGGAAACGCUGUACAUUUGGCCAUUUUUGAAGAUGCCUAGACUACCAAAAUGGUACAGCGAUACCGGGCGAAUCAUUUUGGCAGGCGAUGGAGCUCAUGCUCUCCCGCCAUCUUCAGGCCAAGGUGUUAAUCAAGCUUUGGAGGAUAUUUACUCACUGAACUUGCUUUUGAGCUCUGUGGAGGUAUCUGGACGCAGCGAACCAAGGCAGUCGCAUAUGCUUGACGCUCUAGCUUUUUGGCAGCAAAUACGACAGGAAAGAAUUGAUGCCGUGUUCGAUUGGACGAUGAAUGGCUCUAAUGUUUCGAGAUUGCCGGAGGCUGAGAGGCAGCGGCUGGUCGCGGAAGGAAAAGUAAAGGAGAAUCAAGGAGACGAUAUGAGUUGGCUUUACAAGCCUGUUCUGGAAGAGCGCAUCAAAGCUUGGAUUGAUGGUAGAAAAUUGGAUCAUGUGUAA